AUGGGUGACGAAGUCGUGGCCGACUCGGCCUAUGAUGAGGCCAUCCCCGUUGAGACAGACGACGAGGUGAGCACGCCUGGCACAUCGGAGGCGGGGACGCCGAAAGCCCCGCCGGCGGCGGCGGCGGCGGCGUCCGGAGGCAAGGCCGCCAGGUCCGGCGGAGGCGGAGGAGAGAAUGAGAGCAGCGACGGGGAGUCUGAGAGUAGCGAGGCUGUGACGGACGUGCCAUGGGCGUAG